UUUGUUUUCUUUAAUGGAUAAGGGUAAUGGGUUUUCUCUCAUUGGAUGAGAUGAGAGAGGAAAAUGUCGUUCACACACACAAUCUUCAAUGGCAUUCCUCAGCCUUCCCGUCUUCCUGUGAACAGAAACGGCACAAGAUUCAUUACCAAAGCGAGUAAAAGGAAGGAGAAUGGUGGUCUAACUUCAAGAAACCAGCAGCUUCCCAAGUUCCAACUCAAGGUUUCCAACACGGUUAUCGCAAGGUCUGUGGUGGUUUUAUUCGGACUUGGAUUCAUUGAUGCUGGGUAUAGUGGGGAUUGGUCAAGGAUUGGAGUGAUCUCAAAGGAUGUUGAGGACUUGCUAAAGAUUGCUGCCUUCUUGGUUGUUCCUUUCUGCAUCUUUCUUGUAUCUUCCUUUUCGAAACAGACUCCUGACACUUAACCUUCUUUAGCUAAUAUAUCCAAAUCCGAGUGGUAUAAGUCCCUGGGCACUGACUUCUGCUGUUAAAGAAGUUGCUUUCCAACACAGUCUCUGUCUUGCUGAUCUUACUGCAGGACUUUGGUAUGUACCAAAGCAGAAUACAAAAUCCCCCAUGAAUGAAUAUAACCAAUUUUUAUUCAA